GUCCGCGCCCUCGCCCCGCCCGCGUCCCGCGGAACCUAGAGUCGCAGGCGCGUUCUUGAAGGACGGAAUUCGGCGUCGGACUCUGCGCCCCGCAUAGUUCCGGUGGCGACUGCGGCGCAUGGCGGCCCCGGGACAUCUUGCUGGGGAGGCAGCGGCGGCCCCAGGCCCGGGUACUCCCUGCGCGUCCCGCAGACCCCGGCUUCCCGGCCCAGUUUCCAGCGUCCGGAAUCCUUCCACUGUCUGUCUCUGCCCAGGGCAACCUACGUGCAGUAACGCUGACUCCAGAGCGCACCCGUUAGGCGAUGAAGGCGGCACAGCGUCGAAAAAACAAAAGAAUAAGAAGAAAACCCGGAACAGGCCCUCUGUGGCAAAUGGAGGCGAGAAGGCCUCAGAGAAACUCGCCCCAGAAGAAGUUCCCCUAAGCGCUGAGGCCCAGGCACAACAGUUGGCCCAGGAAUUGGCUUGGUGUGUGGAGCAACUGGAGCUGGGCCUCAAGAGGCAGAAACCCACCCCGAAACAGAAAGAGCAGGCUAUUGGAGCAAUCCGAACCCUGCGCAGCAAAAGAACGCCCCUGCCCCGGAAGAGGCAGCUGAUGCACUCUUUGUUUGGAGACUACAGGGCUCAGAUGGAAGCCGAACGGCUUGAGGCCCUGCGGGCUGUCAGAGCUGCUGCUUAUUCAGCCCAGGUGCAACCUGUAGAUGGAGCCACCAGAAAGAAGAGCCAAAGGGUCUGCAGGCCUCGCCCUAUAUGGAGAGCCAAAGCCACUCUGGACAUGCCUGAUGAAGAGUUUAGGUGCAGGUGCCGGGCCCUUCUCCAACAGUGAUCUCCGGCUCCCUCCCCGCUCAGGGGCCACUCUGCUCUGAUACGGGCUCUGAUGCCGGCCUGCAGCUCCCCUGCUCUUGGUUUCUGCCUGGUGUCACCUUCUUCCACGACACCCAGUCCCAGGAUGACUGACGCCCAGGGAGAUCUGUCGCCUCUCUGCAGAGACCACGUGUGUUCACCCUCGGCAGCAACACGCUGCUCCUUCCUCAAGGCGUCCUGAGGCAUUGUGCAUUUUCACCGUUUCUGGGAUGUAAAGAAGGAGGAAUAUUUGUCAGAUAGAGAGAAUACCGGUUCAGAUGGUUGGUGGCUCAGAUAGAGGUGGGGUUUGUUCCAGCCAGCAGCCCGUCCUGAGAACCAGGCUGGAAGAAACACCCUUCCCUGUGGCACCACAACACCUACACCGAGGUGUCUAUGCUGCCUGGAAAGCACAGCGGGUCUCCCCAGUGCUGGGGUCAUCCGGAGAGCCAAGCACCUUCCAGGGGGGCCUUGAAGUGGGGGCGCCGGCCCCCCAGGGUGCCCAGGCCAGACCGCCUCCUCUCAGGUGGUUCAGCAAGAGCUUCCUUCUGCCUCAGAUCCUUCCAGGGUGUGGACUUUCUUUUCCUAUGAUUCUUUUCUGACUUCACCUUACGUUACUCCUCUCCAUACCUAGACGGUAAGCCCGGUGAGGGCAGGGACCCAGCCUCCCUCAUUUGCAAAGCAACCACAGUCCCUGCCUUUGAGCUGGGCUGUGGGUGCCAAGCUGGAGAGCAUUUCGCCCUCUCCCACUGCUGCUGAACAGAAACCACAAAUUUAGUGGUUUAAAAUAGCACAGAUUUCUUCUCUUGUAGAGCUGGAGGUCAGAAGUCCGAAAUGAGUUUCACUGAGCCAAAGCCAGGGAGUCAGCGGGGCUGGUCCCUCUGGAGGCUGCAGAACACCUGCUCUGCACCUCCUCCGACCUCUGCAGCUACUCGGCACCCAGGACAGCUGUGCGGCCUCUGCUGUGUCUGAGCUGCUGUUGUUCCAUGGCCCUCUCUGUGAGCUUGCUGCCUCCCUCUCAUAAGUCAUCUGGAUGACCCAGAACAACCUCCCAAUCUCUAGACACUUAUCCUGACUCCAUCCAUAGAGCGCCUGCUGCAUGUAAGGUAACGUGCACACGGGUUUGUGGGAUUAGGAUGUGCACACCUUUGGGGGCCUGAUGUAGCUGACCAUGCCCACAUCUGGUGGGAACCCACCUUCAGGGUUUCUUCUCCUUGGACACAGGCUACAGCCCAAGCCAAAUGUCCCAGAGCCUGGAGCAGGGCCCCCCUCCCCCACUUUCCCCAAAGAGGCUGGCGUGGGAACAAAGCCCCUGUGUGGUCAGGAGCUGGGAGGGCAAGACGACAGGACAACAGGACAAGAGGACAACAGAACAACAGGGCAACAGGGCUACAGCCAUCCCAGCUGGAGAAGAUUCUCAGGGCUGAGGUGGAGGAGGUCGGGCCUCAGCCGGGCUCAGAGUGGACCUGCUGGCCCUCCUGUCACAGGAGGGAGGGGCGGUGGGACGGGAAGAGAGGGCCUUGAGAUCAAGCCGUGCCCUGCUGAAGCCUGGCAGAGGGGCUGUGCCUCUGGGCAGCUGGUGUGAGCUGUCGUCUCGUGCAGCUGGUCUAGGAUGGGGCAGAGGCUCUGCCUUGACCUCUCCCACCCCUGGUGCCGCCUCUGGGCAGCUGGUGUGAGCUGUCGUCUCGUGCAGCUGGUCUAGGAUGGGGCAGAGGCUCUGCCUUGACCUCUCCCACCCCUGGUGCCGUUUGCCCCUCCACUCCAGGUGAGCACAGCUGGAGCAGCAGCUACCUCGAGGACUGGUGGCCUUUGAGGUUUUCCCGAUGGACUUUUCAGGCUUCUACCAGCAGGGCCCCAUGACUGCACUGCCUCCUGGGAGCUGCUACUGGGAGAGGCAGCGGUACAAUCCCCCCUGCCUAGAGUCGACAAGGGGCUUCCCCCACUGAGCUGAGACAAGGCCUUCUGUCUGCAUCAUGAAGCUGCGAUCGCAGCUUCCUACAGCUAUGAAACUCCCAGCUCAACCCACCCAGACUCAGUUCUGUUCCCUGAGACCUUCGGUCACAAUGGCACACCUCGCCUGGGGUGGAACCUCCUGCUGUUUACAGCGAUGAGCCCAGGGUGAGCAGAGACAAAGCACCAAGACACGCUCGUCAGAGAAGGGCUGGGCAGGACAGACACAGGCGGACAGGGUGGCCAGAGAGGCUGUGAGAAACGGGCAAAACAGAGGGGGUGCAUUUAUCAUCCCUUCCUCAGCACCUGACGCCAGGCAGGCCCUGUGCCUCCCCAGUCCAACUCUUCCAGGCAUGGCAGAUGCUUGAUAAUUCCUGCGACUGACCCAAAGGCUUCACAGGUCAGAUUCCAGCCAGGCCGAGCCUGUGAAAAGACUUUCUUCAGAAAGUCCAGACCAUGGUGAUCAUGGCCAUUACGGCUGGAAAUGUUGGAAGACCUGCAGGGCACUGGGCUUGUACCUUGGCCUCUUGGACAUGCCCCCACCUCCCUCGUCUCUCCCCAGGGAGAGUCAGUGAUGGUUCACCUGGUGCCAGGCUGUUCCCCAUCCAGCAGGAGCCAUUAGGGAGGAGCAGGUGGGCUGGGCCCCACAGACUGAGAGAGUCAGGUCCCCAGCCCUGGAGAAGGGCAUUUUAAUGAGUGUAUUUGGCCAAUGGCCAGUCACUGAGGCUGUGGUCCUCCCCUGUCUCCGAGAAGCCCCAACAUGGAAGGCUCAGGAUAGAAUAUCCCCACGACCCUGCUCACCACCCUUCCCAUGAGGCUCUGUCAUGGGAGGCUGGAUGCAGUGUGUCUUUAAAAUGGUCUGCGCAUCUCAGUCUCAAACUUUGGAAAGGGUUAACAUAGCAUUCCAUGACCAGGAUGCUGGGACUUUGAAGUUUCCCCUGCUAAACAGGACAGAGUCUCAAAAGAGCUCUUCCUCAAGCUGAUUUAACCAGUCAUUGGGUGGCACAGGCCAUCAGCACUGAAGGCCGGCAGCAGAGAGUUAUUUGCUUCCAAUAUUCAAUGCAGUAGAGGUGUUGGGUAAAUACUCCCAUUCCCAAAUGGAGAAGUUGGGCAAAAGAAAGGGGCAACAGGCCUCAGGCAAAUCUGAAACCCAGUAAGGCAUACAUUAAACCUUCAAGCUCCAAAAUAAUUCUUGAUUUCAUGUCCUGCAUCCAGGGCACACUUGUGCAAGGGGUGGGUUCCCAAGACCUUAUGCAGCUCUGCCUCUGUGGCUUUGCAGUGUACAGUCACCAUGGCUGCUGUCUUGGGUCAGAGUUGAGUGCCUGUGGUAUUUCUAGGCUCAGGAUGAAAGCUUCCCAUGGCUCUACCAUUCAGGGAUCUCGAGGUGGCGGCCCCAUUCCCACAGCUCGAGUAGGCAGUGCCCCAGUGGGGACUCUGUGUGGAGGCUUCAAUCCCACAUUUCCUAUUGGCACUGCCCUGGUGGACUUUUGGUUUCUUUCUGAUUCAGUCUUGGAAGGUUGUGUGUUUCCAGGAAUUUAUCCAUUUUCUCUAGGUUUUCUAGUUUAUGCACACAAAGAUAUUCAUAGCAGUCUCUGAGGAUCUUUUUUUAUGUCGGUGGUAUCCUUUGCAAUGUCUCAUUUGUCAUUUUUGAUUGUGCUUAUUUGAAUCUUCUUUUUUUCUUGCAUAAGCUAACUAGCAAUCUAUCAUUUUUAUGUGUCCUUGCAAAGAACCAACUUUUUAAUUUUGCUGAUUCCUUGGAUGGUUUUUUUGGUCCCGAUUUCAUUAACUUAUUCUCUAACCUUUGUUAUUUCCUUCUACUAGCUUUGAGUUUGGUUUGUUCUUUUCUAGUGUGUUUGUCUAUUUUAGCUUGUUAAUUUGAGAUCUUUCUUUCUUUUUAUGUAGGCAUUUAGUGUUAUAAACUCUCCUUUUAACAUUGUUUUUUCUGUAUCCCAGACGUUUUGGUAUGUUAUGUUUCUAUUUUCAUUUGUUUCAGGAAUUUCUUUAAAUUUCUGCCUUAAUUCUGUUAUUUACACAAAAGUCAUUCACGAGCAGAUUGUUUAGUUUCCAUGUUCCUCUGUGGUUCUGAGAGUUCUCGAUAUUGACUUCUAAUUUUAUUCCACAGUGGUCUGAGAAUAUACUUAAUAUAGUUGCGAUUUUUAAAAAUUUAUUGAGGCUUAUUUUAUGACUGAGCAUGUGGUCAAUUUUAGAGAAUGUUCCAUGUGCAAAUGAGAAAAAUGUACAUUCUAUGGUUUCUGGGUGGAGUAUUCUGUAGAUAUCUAUUAGGUCUGUUUGGUCAAGAGCCCAAUUUGAGUCCACAGUUUCAAUGUUAGUUUUCUGCCUAAUAAUCUGCCUAACUAAUAAUCUGCUUACUGCUGUCGGUGGGGUGUUGAAGUUCUCCACAAUUAUUGUACAGCUGUGUAUCUCUUUUCUUAGGUCUAGUAAUAUUUAUUCUAAAAAUCUGGGUGCUCCAAUGUUGGCUGCAUAUAUAUUUAAGACAGUUAAGUCUUCUUGUUGAAUUGAACACUUUAUAUAAUGCCCUUCUUUGUAUUUUUUUUACUGUUGUUGGUUUAAUGUCUGUUUUAUCUGAUACAAGAAUAGCAAUACCUCUCCUUUUUUGUUUUUCAUUUAUGUGAUGAAUCUUUUUCCAUCCAUUUACUUUGAGCCUGUUGGGAUCAUUACACAUGAGAUGGGUCUCUCAAAGGCAGCAGAAGUGUCUUGUUUUUUUAUCCAGUUUGCCACUCUGUGUCUUUUAAGUGGAGCAUUUCAGCCAUUUACAUUCAAGCUUAAUAUUGAUGUGUUAGGUUUUCUUCCUUUUAUAGCAUUAGCUAGUUAUCUUGUAGUCUCAAUUGUUUAAUUGCUUUAUAGGUUCUGUACAUUUUGUAUUCAUGUAUGCUUUUAUCAUAGCAAGUAUCAUUCUUUUAUUUUCACGAGUCAAACUCCUUUAAACAUUUAUUUUAGAGUCAGUCUGGAGGUAAUGACUUCCCUUAGCAUUUUCUUAUCUGGAAAUACCUUAUUUUCCUUUCUUUAUGAAGCUCAGUCUGGCAGGUUAUGAAAUUCUUGCAUGGCUGGGCGCAGUGGCUCACACCUGUAAUCCUAGCACUUUGGGAGGCCGAGGCAGGCAGAUCACCUGAGGUCAGGAGUUCAAGACCAGCCUGGCCAACAUGAAGAAACUCCAUCUCUAUUAAAAAUACCAAAAUUUGCCAGGUGUGGUGGCGGGCACCUGUAAUCCCAGCUACUGGGGAGGCUGAGGCAGGAGAAUUGCUUGAACCCAGGAAGCAGAGGUUGCAGUGAGCUGAGAUCACACCACGGCACUCCAGCCUGGGUGGCAAAGUGAGACUCUGUCUCCAAAAAAAAAGAAAUUAUUGGAUGGCAUUUUUUUUUUCUUUGAGAAGGCUAACGCUAGGCCCCAAUCUUUUCUAGGUUGCAGGGUUUCUGCUGCUAAGUCUGUUGUUAAUCUAAUUUACUUUAUAGGUAAUUUGGCCCUUUGUUUGAGCUGCCUUUAAUAUAUUUUCUUUUGCAUUGACCACGGCUAUUCUAAUGACUGUGGAUGUCUUAGGAAUGGGCAUCUUGUUUACUAUCCCACAGGUGUUCUCUGAAUUUCUUAUAUCUGAAUGUCAACCUUUCUAGCAAGACUAGAGAACUUUUCCUAAAUUAUUCCCUUAAAUAUACUUUCUUAGUUGGUUACUUUUUAUUCUUCUGUUGUAGGAAUGCCAAUAAGUUAUAAGUUUGGUCACUUUACAUAAUCCCAUAUUUCUUAAGGGCUUUGUUUUUCAGUUCUUUUUUCUUUUAUUUUUGUCUGACUGGGUUACUUUGAAAGACCAGUUUCAAAGUCUAAAAUUAUUUCUUCUGCUUGGUCUAGUUUAUUGUUAAAGAGUCCAACUGUGUUUUGAAAUUCCAUUAGUGAAUGUUUUAAUUCCAGAAGCUCUAUUUGUUUUUUUCUUAAUCCAGCUAUUUAUUUUUCCAUAUUUCAAAUUGUACUUAAUGAUUGUUUUGCACAUAAAAUUAAUGUAUACAAGAUUAAUGCUUUAAAGGAACUAAGCACCCACCAGACUCAAGAAAAAAUGAUGUCCUAUGAUACAUCUGAAAAAAAUUUAAUCUUUCUAUUAAUUACAGUUAUGCAAAUUAAGAUAAUAUGUAUUUUUGUCUAGCAAAAUAAAAUAUAAGUAUCAGUUUUGGUGAAGCGAAAGCAUAGUGGACAUUAAUUUGCCGAUUGGUGCUGCAAGUAUAAAUUGAUUCAACAUUUUGCAGGGACGUUAGUCAAUAUGUGUGAAAAUUAUACACUAAUAUCUCUUUACACAGUAAUUAAAGUGCUAGGACUUUUUGAAAAGAAAACAUGUCUCAAUGUGCCCAUAUUUGUUUCUGUGAAAAUGUUUACAAAAAAUGUUGUUCAUUGAAAGCAAUAAAAUAUUUAAUAAUAGAGUA